CUUAUCUCUCUUCCAUUCCUCCUUUAACCUGCUUGCUUCAACUCAACAUUUUGAUACAGACUUGGAUGUAUCUCUCUAUACUUACUGUUGAAUGCUCCCCACCCUCCUACACUCUCAUACCUUUCUCAGUUUUUCUUCGCCUUAUUCGGUCUCGACUUUCAACCACCAGUCGAACAAUAAUUCGCAAUUCGCAUUAGAUAAAUAUUGUGCUUCGCAAGUGUUGACAGUAAUUUUUCAACACAUUGUAAUUGUUUUUGAACUUUUGUGCAUUGAUUCAUUAUGUUACAUGUUGACGAGUACCCAUCAACAUCAUCUGAUGAUUCUCCUCCACCUGAAUUAAAAAAUAUGGAUUUCGAUGACACGCCGAAAAAAGCAGUAUUUGGCAUAGAUUUAGGCGGAACUCGCACCCGUGUGUCGAUUUUGCGACAAAAGAAACAUGCUGUAGAAGGCGAUUUGGAACCGAUAGUCAUCAAGGAUAUUCCAUCGGUUGUUUCUUUUCUUAAAGAUGGUAAAUGUCUGGUUGGCUGGUGUGCUGAAAAAAGAACAGUUGCAAGUCCUUUGAAUACAUUCUACGCGACGAAACGAUUGAUAGGCAGACGCUACGACGAUCCUGUCGUUCAAGAAACUAUGAAAGCGAACCGUUGUGGUUAUAAAAUUCACGAAUACACCGACGGACAUACCUGUUUUCUAAGCAUCAAUCGAAAUACAGUUUUCAUUCCAGUUCAAAUAGAAGCUUUAAUUUUACUCAAAAUAAAGGAACUUUGCAUAAGUGAAUUUAAUAGCAUACCUGUGGAAAACGUUGUGCUCACUGUACCGCCGUAUUUUAACGAUAACCAAACACAAAUUACCAAAGAAGCAGCCUCAAUUGCAGGAUUAAAUGUGUUGAGUGUAAUAAAUACUCCUGUUGCUGCCGUCCUUGCUUACUCUAAAAGACAUGAAACUUUGCGUGAUAGCAAAACUGUUGUUGUUUACGACUUUGGAGGCAGUACCUUUCAUGUAACAAUUUUUAAAAUGACCGAAGACGCUACCGAUCCUGAAGUGUUAUCUACUCAGGAAGAUUUAUCUUUAGGCGGAGAUGAUAUUGAUAAAAAGUUGGUCGAUUACUUAGUCACCGAAUUGGAAAGUCAAAUUGGAAUCAAUCCCAGGCUAUUGGCGACCUUCAUGCAAUGUAUUAAAUUGUCGGCCGAAAAUGCUAAAAUAGAUCUGUGUGCUUAUCCCGAAGUCGACGUGAAUUUUUGGGCUAUUCGUAUCCCUGGUCAAGAUCCGCGAGUUGAACGAGUAACCAUUAGGGUGACCAGAAACAAAUUCGAAGAAUUAGUCGCAGAAUUAAUCAAUAAAACGAUUGGUUUAUGCCAAAAAGCGUUAGAAGAAGCCAACAUACCAAAGUCAGAUAUCGGUGAAGUUUUAGCAGUCGGUGGCACAUGCAAAAUACCAAAGGUACGAACCACCAUUCAAGAAAUUUUCGGUAAGGAGCCCAUUGGAGGUGCAAGGGACAUUGAUCGUGCCAACUCUGUGGCAGUCGGAGCAGCCAUUCGAGGCCACGUUUUAAUACCUGAAAUUCCCAACGCACAACAACCACCAGAUCAUGUAAUCAGCGUUCCAAAACCUGUAACGGAGGAUGAAAAAUUCAAUUUUCGAAUAAUGGACGAUGAUCCAGAUAUGGAUGCGAUUUCAAACAACUACGUACGAUCAAAAAUAUUGUCGAUAUUCACGGAGGAAGAAGCGGAUUUAAUCGUUUUAAAAAGGUGCACGCCCGCUCCGGGAAAUCCUCCUGAUGAUCAAGACGUUAGUUUUAUUACAUCUUACCAGAGGUUAACAAAAAUGAGGAGAAGUAGAGAAGUGCGCCUAAACCAAGAAUUAGAAGAUCAGUUCGAUCAUUUCCGACAAGGCAGAAAUAAUUUUGUGGAAAAAGAAUUGAUUCGUAUGUGUGAAGAACGGUCUCCACCUUCUUGACUGAUAUGAUUCUCCGCUAGCUCUGGAAAAUUUUGAAUUUUACUUCGAUGAUUUGAAUUUGGGAAAUCAACUGCUUCGUGUAAAAAGUUUACUAUAUAUGGGUACUGCGAUGGUUAACAUUUUUUUUUUUGAAUAUUGAAAAACUUUUUUUAAAUCGGUCUACAUAAUAUUUGUUUUUUAAAUAAUUUUAUUUCGAAUCAACGUUGUUGCUAAGAAAAUUCGAUGUGUUACUUAUGUGUGCUCAAUUUUUAAUCAACACUUCUUUGUGAUUUGAAUUUUAAAUUGUUAGUACCUAUCUAUUAUUCUUAAUUGUACAAUGAUGGAAAUGUUUAAGUUUACUGUAUGGGUACUGCGAUGGUUGACAUUUUUUUUUUUGAAUAUUGAAAAACUUUUUUAAAAUCUACAUUAAGUUGUAUGUAUUUUAAAUGAUUUUAUUUCGAAUCAACGUUGUUGCUAAUAAGAUUCGAUGUGUUACUUAUGUGUUCAAUUUUUAAUCAACACCUUCUUUGUGAUUUGAAUUUUAAAAUGUGAAUAACUACUUCUUAAUUGUAAAAUGAUGGCAAUGUUUUGAUAAUUUUUGUAACUCGAGAGUCGAGACUCGAGCUUUACCAAAUGUACAAAGUGAAUUUUUAUAUCUUAAAUUAUUAUUUUGAUUUUGAUAA